GGAUGGCAGACUUCCUGUCUUUUUGUUUGGUCCAAUGGUUGCCCGGAGGUCUAGUCAAGCCCCACCGAACUCAUGACGGCAAUGGUGGGGGAGGGUCACGUGUGUACUGUUGUUCUAUAAGAUUCGCAUAGUAGGUAGAUAGCUGUGUCGUCGCCCUCUUCUCGGAAGUUCAAAUUCAAACAUUAUUUGAAGGAUUUACUGUCGCGUACGCUGUGAAAGAUUUUUUUCUCAAAACUUUUCUCCCUUGCCCUGUGCAUAACGAAAAGUUAUUUAUUUUCAUCCGAAAUAUAGGGGGAAAUGUUUGUAACUUUUCAACGCUCGAAAUGAUCUGUGCGGCUGCCAAGAAAUACAUGCCUGGCAGGUUGAGGAACAUAAGCUCCAAAGAUGUAAAUUGUCAAGAGGCUGAGGACUCUUGAGUCCAGUUGGCUUCCUGGAGCCUGUGAUGGAGGGGACGAUAGCUCACUCUCAGCAGACCCCUCCAACUGAAGCUAAUCCUCAUCUCUGAGUCCCCACCAUGUGGAGCUGCAUGGCCCACAAUGAAACACUAGACAGUGUGGACUAUCGUCUUUGUCAAGACUUGGGCUUCGUCAUCUCCGUCUUCUCCCUCAUCUACCUCAUCGUCUGCUUUCCGGUGGGGCUGUGCUACAGCACCUUACUGGUGGUGGUCAACCUCUCUAAUAAGAUGACCAUGACUAUGCCAGAUGUGUACUUUGUGAAUAUUGCCAUAGCUGGCCUGAUGCUAAACCUUGUUGCUCCAGUGGAACUUCUGGGGCCUAGCUUUACCCAGUGGCCCUUGUGGGAGCAUAACAAUGAGAUCUAUAUCACUCUCCUCAUCCUCUUCAACAUAUCCUCCCUUGUGAUCAUGUACUCUACCACACUGCUGAGCUUGGACUACUACAUAGAGAGGGCGCUCCCACGGACAUACAUGUCUAGUGUAUACAACACUAAGCAUGUGUGUGGGUUCGUCUGGGGUGGCGCUGUACUCACCAGCUUCUCCUCGCUGCUCUUCUACGUGUGCAACCAUGUGUCCACCAAAAUUAUCGAGUGUUCAAAGAUGCAAAAUAAGGAGGCAGCUGACACCAUCAUGUUGUUUAUUGGUUAUGUGGUGCCAGUCAUGGCUGUUCUGUAUGCUUUGGUACUCAUUCUCCGCAUCAGAAAGGAGUCUACUCCACUGGACCUGGACUCAGCCCGUUUGGACCCCUCGACUCAUAGUCUUUUACUGGCUUCGGUUUGCAUCCAAAUCCUGCUCUGGACUCCGUACUAUAUGAUCUUGCUUGUCCACACAAUGCUGAACCCAGGGAGGGAGUUCAGCAGACAGAACAGCAGCACACAUUCCUUUCUAAGGUGUAUGUCAAUGCUGUUGGCCUUCUCCAGCAGCUUCGUUAUUCCUCUGCUAUAUAAGCGGAUGAACAAGAAUUUCUCCCAAAAACUAAAGGAGUUGCUAAAGCAACUGAUUUGUAGAGAGCAGGCCUGCCCACAUGAACAGUCACUGGCACAGCAGGCCAUCACAUGAGCCGUUGACCUUUCAGGGACAGCAGAACUUUGAUACGGGAAGCCACCACAUCUUUGUACCAUUUUGACUUUCAGAAAAUAUAUUGACAUUGGAUAUUUUUAGUACUGGUCCCUUUAGGUAGAUGAUAUCCAAUCCUCCCAUCUAAACAAAGCUGUUAACUAAUUCACUUUAGGAAGUCACAUCCAACUUUGUAACAUUUCAGAGGCACUUAGAAUCAUUUACAUUUGUACCAUGUCUACCUGUUGGUCUUGAAAAGACAAUAGAUAUACCUCAUUCCUAAACUAGAAGGGCAUUACAGUUCAAUAUCCUUAAAACGAAGAAGCGCCUAGUCUGGAGACAGGAGAGUCGCACCUGUGCGUGUUGGCAAGGACUGUGCUGCUCAGCUCUCUUUCCCUGCCUCUGUUUGAGACACUUGGGGAGUUUGUGACUUUUUAGGAGGAUUAAUCAAAUGCUGAAAUCACAUGAAAUUAGACAUUGUUUCUUAUUAUUCCAUUUCUGUAUAUUUAUGUGUGUCAAUCCAUAAGCUAUCAGUUUAAAAAGUAGAAAUGGAAAUUCACAAAAUCAAAAAGCCUCUGGAUACUGUUUUUAAGCAGGAGCUGUUUAACAGGAGCUGUCUAGUACCAAAAAAUGUACUGAAUUCAUAGAUUUUUACAUAGCUUUUUGUGAAUAUGGAUGGGAUUUUGUCUAUUGUUAUGAAUGAAUACCUUAAUAUAAUCAAUUGCGUGAGUUGUUCCCCUGAUGAAGAGGUUGAAAAGGUAGCCUUCACUCCACUGUAUGUUUGGAUCUAGCUGUCAUUCUUCAAUGAAUGAAUGUGUGUGGGGGGGGACUAGAGAGUAAGAGGGUUCAACAUGAGAUCCAAUGAUAUUGAUGUGCAUAUGCCAGUAUAUUGCAUUGUAUGUGUAUAGUGUAUGUGAAGAGGUUUACUGGAAAAUAAGCAGUUUCAGAAUGACAGUAUUAAUUUUGCAUAAACAUACUUGCUUUUGUUUUAAUGUCUCUACUUUAUUGUCCCCAUGAUGAAUAAGAUAUACUUCAAAAUAAACUAUGAUACACACUA